GGCACGCUGUGUUUUGUUUUGAGGGCGGGGAGAUGACUGGGAGGGAAUCCUGGGCCCCCAUUGGCUGGCCGCUCGCCGCUGCAGUUGAGCUCCAGCCGCUCCGCGAGCAUUAUUGAUCCGAAGGGUAAACGUGGAGGGAGCCACAGAGAGGGGUCCAGGCGUUUCUGAGAAGAGAGGCAGACCGCUUCCAGGAAGAAAGUGGUGUCUGCUGGCUGCCCGGCUUGGAGGAUCUUCUGUGAAUGAGAGAGGACGAAAUGCAAGGCAGUUUGUUGCUACAGUGAUUUUAGAAGAAAAAAAGAGACAGAGAGAGAGAGGAAGGAGAGGGAGAGGAGAAAAGGGUCUCACCUUCGGUGCAAGGCUGGUUUAUUGCAUCCUGCUGCUGCUGCUUCUGAUUCUGUUCCUGCAGCUGCCUUUUCUGCCAUCAGCUUUGUUUGGCUCUUUUUGGGAAUACAGUCCAUUUGGAACUCAAUAGCAUGUUGGAGUUUUAAAGGAUGCCAGCCUUUUCAAUGACAGUGAGGGGCUCUACAUAAACAGGAAAAAGACGCCCCGCAGGCAGCUACUUGGAGGGUGUUGAUCGAAAACUUCCAUCUCCCCACCCCAUUCACGGUUGAUUUGACUGAUUUCUCACCUCCUUCACAGAGAAUAUUUCAAUUAAGGUCCCUUUAGAUGGAAUGUGAUACGGCAGAAACCUUUUCAUCCAAAGGAUUGAGGCCUGCAUUACCAUUUCUGCAAUAAGACAGAAAAGUUAAGUGGUGGAGGCCACAGACACCUCAAACCUGGAUUCCACAAUUCCACGUUAAGUGCUGGAAUUUUUAUUACUCUGCUGCAGGAAAGCCUUUGCCAAUGCUCACAAGGAACUGCUUAUCCCUCCUUCUCUGGGUCCUGUUUGAUGGAGGUCUCCUAACACCACUUCAGCCACAGCCACAACAGACUUUAGCCACGGAACCAACAGAAAAUGUUCUCCAUCUGCCAGGGAGGCGAUCACAUUUCCAGCGAGUUAAACGUGGCUGGGUAUGGAAUCAAUUUUUUGUGCUGGAGGAAUACAUGGGCUCCGAGCCUCAGUAUGUGGGAAAGCUCCAUUCUGACUUAGAUAAAGGAGAGGGCACUGUUAAAUACACCCUCUCAGGAGACGGCGCGGGCACUGUUUUUACCAUUGAUGAAACUACAGGGGACAUUCAUGCAAUAAGGAGCCUGGAUAGAGAAGAGAAACCUUUCUACACACUUCGUGCUCAGGCUGUGGACAUAGAAACCAGGAAGCCCCUGGAGCCUGAAUCGGAAUUCAUCAUCAAAGUACAGGACAUUAAUGAUAAUGAGCCAAAGUUCUUGGAUGGACCUUACGUUGCUAGUGUCCCAGAAAUGUCUCCUGUGGGUGCAUAUGUGCUCCAGGUCAAGGCCACCGACGCGGAUGACCCGACCUAUGGAAACAGUGCCAGAGUCGUUUAUAGCAUUCUUCAGGGACAACCUUAUUUCUCUAUUGAUCCCAAGACAGGUGUUAUUAGAACAGCUUUGCCAAACAUGGACAGGGAAGUCAAAGAACAAUACCAAGUCCUCAUCCAAGCCAAGGAUAUGGGUGGACAACUAGGAGGGUUAGCCGGAACGACGAUAGUCAACAUCACCCUCACUGAUGUCAAUGACAAUCCACCUCGAUUCCCCAAAAGUAUUUUCCAUCUGAAAGUUCCCGAGUCUUCUCCUAUCGGCUCAGCCAUUGGACGAAUAAGAGCUGUGGAUCCUGAUUUUGGACAAAAUGCAGAAAUUGAAUACAAUAUUGUUCCAGGAGAUGGGGGAAAUUUGUUUGACAUCGUCACAGAUGAGGAUACACAAGAAGGAGUCAUCAAAUUGAAAAAGCCAUUAGAUUUUGAAACAAAGAAGGCAUAUACUUUUAAAGUAGAAGCCUCCAACCUUCACAUUGACCACAGAUUUCACUCCGCGGGCCCUUUUAAAGACACAGCCACAGUGAAGAUCAGUGUGCUGGAUAUUGAGGAGCCACCGGUGUUUAGCAAGCCGCUCUAUACCAUGGAGGUUUAUGAAGACACUCCAGUUGGGACCAUCAUCGGUGCUGUCACUGCACAAGACCUAGAUGUGGGCAGUAGUGCUGUUCGGUACUUCAUAGAUUGGAAGAGUGAUGGGGACAGCUACUUUACAAUAGAUGGAACUGAAGGAACCAUCGCCACUAAUGAAUUACUAGACAGAGAAAGCACCGCGCAGUAUAAUUUCUCCAUAAUUGCGAGUAAAGUUAGUAAGUAUGGCAUGGACAGAAUCAAUGUUAUACUGCAGUUCUUUGGAUUGAACACUCUUAAACGAGUCCCUGCUGAGGUGUUUUUCAUUUUUGGACUGACAGCUGAGUGGUCUCCUGGGGAAACUCAGAAACCUGUUCCUUUUCCUCGUAGCGUAAGUCCGGAGAAAUUCUUUCGGUUUGCCCACUUGACCCUGAGGAAAUUCACCCAUCCUUGUUACGCUGAACAGGUGUUUUACAAGCUGCUCUUGUACCGUAUGCUUUCUCUGUCCUGCCGUCUCCUUACAAAAAUAAUUCAGAUAGUCAGCGCUGCAGACCGAGAUCUUUCACCUGCUGGGCAGCAAUUUUCCUUUAGAUUAUCACCUGAAGCUGCCGUCAAACCAAAUUUUACAGUCCGUGACUUCAGAAACAACACAGCUGGAAUUGAAACCCGAAGAAAUGGAUACAGCCGCAGGCAGCAAGAGUUGUAUUUCCUCCCUGUUGUAAUAGAAGACAGCAGUUACCCUGUGCAGAGCAGCACAAACACCAUGACUAUUCGAGUUUGUAGAUGUGACUCUGAUGGUACCAUCCUGUCUUGUAAUGUGGAAGCAAUUUUUCUACCUGUAGGACUCAGCACUGGGGCUUUGAUUGCCAUCCUACUGUGCAUUGUUAUACUCUUAGCCAUCGUUGUACUGUAUGUAGCUCUGCGAAGGCAGAAGAAGAAAGACACUCUAAUGACCUCGAAAGAAGACAUCAGAGACAACGUUAUCCAUUAUGAUGACGAAGGAGGUGGGGAGGAGGACACCCAGGCGUUUGAUAUUGGUGCUCUGAGAAAUCCGAAAGUGAUUGAAGAAAACAAAAUUCGCAGGGAUAUAAAACCAGACUCUCUCUGUUUACCUCGUCAGAGACCACCGGUGGAAGACAACACAGACAUAAGGGAUUUCAUUAAUCAAAGGCUGCAGGAAAAUGACGUGGACCCGACUGCUCCACCGUACGAUUCAUUGGCUACAUAUGCAUAUGAAGGAAAUGGAUCAGUAGCAGACUCCCUUAGCUCUAUAGACUCUCUCACCACGGAAGCUGACCAGGACUACGACUAUCUGGCAGACUGGGGACCCCGCUUUAAAGUCUUGGCAGACAUGUUUGGUGAAGAAGAGAGUUAUAACCCUGAUAAAGUCACUUAGGGCAGAGGCGAAGGAUAAAACACAACCAAAUGGAGAAAUUUAAGAAAAGGAAACACAAAUAGAAAUCACACACACAUACACACACACACACACAGACACACACAUGCAUGCACACAUGUGCGCACACACUUACACACACACACACACACACACACACACACACACACACACCAGGCUUUAUAGGAACACAGUCCUUUGAUUACCUGGUUUCUAGCAAGUUGCUAUAUUUAUCAUAUUGUCAGUUUUGUUUUACUCUGCAAACACAAGAUAAAUCCUAUUAACUGUACUCGCUUGGUUUUGUUUUGUUAUUUUGGAAACACACUGAGACAAGCUCAGGCCUAUUGAAUACAAUUUACUGACAUGACAACAUAGAACGAAGAUAGCUAUGUGGCAUCACGGUGGAAGAGUGUUAGAUUUUUCUUAAUUCCACUAAAGUGCCUAUUGAAACUCUUAUCAUUUAAAGUGGUGUCCAAUGCACUCUGCUGUGAUGGCAUUACAGGAUUCAGAGAUACAGAGGACAGAAAACAAAGACACUGUCUUUAUGUCAAGGAGCAAUAGCAACACGCUGACUUCUAAUUCCUUUUGAGGAAAAAUGAAGAAUACUUUCUGAACUCCAUCUUCUUAUAAUUCAGAGGUUUUUUUUUUUCUUUUUUAAACUGUAUGCCAAAACACAUUUGUUUUUCCUACCCUUUCAGAAUAUUGAAAUAAAUGCGAUAAUAUCAAAUUCAAUAUGUAAGUCCUGAAUCUUAAAAGCAAUGUUUGAUCUUCACAUUAGUUCGUAUUAAAGGUGAUCAGCAAAAUGUUACUUUUUUUCCAAAAAAAAAAAAGACAUUUUUAAAAAGGAAUUUAAAGAAAAAUCCCUCUUUAUGAAGAGAGGCCUCAGGGCUGAAACCCCACAUCAAAAUAAAUAUUGGUUUUGUGUUAA